UCUCAACUUUAUGCUCUGAAAGGUUCUUUCACUUUAUAAUGUUUGUUAGAUUUUAUGCUUCACAUAUUAGAUUUCCUUUUGGUUUCAUAAAGCUGCAUAUUUUACUUUUUCCUGUUUACUCCUUUCUAUGAAAUCACCACCUUCCCAACUUUGGUCAAACUCCUCUUCUUCAGCUUCUCUUUUACACUUCUAAAUUUCAGUCCUUUAUUCGGUUUUUCUGACACACAAGUUUAGUAUAGUAUCCUUUGGUUUUUCUUUUUCUUUUGAAUUUGGUUUGGCUGCCCAAAUUGGGAAAUGGCUGGUUCUACUUCUGGCUUUCAAUGUGAAAUAAUGAAGUGUUCUUUUGGAGUUAGCAGUUCUCAGCCAUUGAUUGGAGUUGAUACUUCUUUUUCAUCUACUCUUGGAUCUUCUUCAACAACUCCUCUAUGUGAAUUAUCCACAGCUUCUUUGGAGAAUGAGGGAGUGAAAACCAUUUCUAACCUUCUUCAUGAUCCUUCAACUUUGAGUUUUGAUAUGUUUGGAAGUGGGAACUUCUCUGAUAUGGUGGGUUCUUUAGGCUUUCUAACUGAAGCUGAUCACAGUCAGAUCGCCAAUAUUAAAUGUCCAUUUAGUUAUGUGCAAAUUCUGGAUGACGAAGAAAUGGUCUCACCAAAGAACGAUGUAAAGUCUCAACCCGAUCGCGUUAAUGAAAAUCAAAGAAAAUUUGUUGUUGGUUCCAAUUCUUCCAGCCCAAAUAAGAAUGCUGAAGAUAACUUGAAUGUGGCAACAACUGAGAUCCUUAAUAAAGCUGACAAAACACAGAAAGUGGAGCAUAGAAUGAGUGCAAAUUUUAACACCAAAUCAGAUAGUAAACAAGCCAAAGGAGGCUCUCAAAAUGUACAAUCCCCCAAGGAGAAUUAUAUUCGUGUUCAAGCGCGACGGGGCCGAGCUGCUAAUAACCAUAGCCUCGCAGAAAGGGUUAGAAGGGAAAAAAUCAGCGAACGAAUGAAGUUGCUGCAACAGCUUGUUCCUGGAUGCCAUCAGAUUACCGGGAAAACCGUGGUGCUCGACGAAAUUAUCAACUAUGUACAAUCACUGCAACAACAGGUCGAGUUUUUAUCGAUGAAACUCGCAAAUGUCGGACUAGAAUCAAGCUUGGAGACAGAGCAGAUUCUACUCACAAAUAAUUCAUACCUUUCAUCAUCGAACGUUCUUUGUAAGAGAGGCGAAAACGUCAACGAUCAUAGAUCAAGGACAUUUCACACAAGUCCUCAUGUGAUGUUCCAACUUUAUGGAACAAGGCCAACCAUGCCAAAAACUACAUCUCCUUCAACUUUCUAACCUUUUCAAGAUGAAAGGAUAAUCAGUAGAUGAUCAAAAUUAUGCAGCUGCAAAAACCAGAGAUGGAUGUCAGUAUUUAUCCUUUGAUAGUCAUUACAUGUGGCGCAGCAAAUUAAUUAAAGACAGCAAUGUAAAAACAGUACUCAUUUGAUUGAAUUCAAAUGUUGUUCUUAAUCUUACACAUACUUUUUAAUCAAAUCUUACUUUAUCUUCUA